AUGAACCAUCUAGUAGUAGUGGUAGUUCUGACUACUGUAUUCCGACCGGUAUCCACGUGUCACUCUGUGAAGAUAUUCCCGAAUAUUCCAUCACUCGACGACUUCACCUCGAUCUUCUCCAGACUUCCCUUGUUUUCAGCGCUUCUACCGCCUGUACACAGGGAUCAGUUGUAAUUGAAUUCUCGAGAAAACUCGAUUGUCAAACUAGGUUUUCAGAAUCACCAAGGGAAAAUGCGCGGGCGGAGAGAUCACGAUAGUGACCGUGUUUCCGUGGAGCAACUCGACAAUCGAUCAGAAUAUGAGGCACAUGGAUUAUGAGUUGGCUCGUCUACAAAAGUACUCUGGAAUCUCUACGAACGAUCUCUCGCCGGAUAUCAUUAAAACUCCAGUGUACGUAAAGUAUUUAACCUUUCUUAAAGAAGACCAUAGUUUCCAGCCAACGUGGCUCUAACUUCGCAGUGCUCUACCGCUUCAAAUACAUCACAUCGACGUGCGAUAGAGUUCGACUUUUCGUUCGGAAUGCGGUGUCCUGGAGUUCGGAGGUAAAACAGAAUUGCGGAACCGCUCCAUUGCUAAUUCUCUUUUUGUAGGUGCUACGAGCUCGAGUGGCCUGCGAAUGCGAAAAAACGGUGGAAAUGGUUCGUGCCUAA